GCGGCUUCUAUCGGAUUCAGAACUGUUUAAAUACUUCCCACGUCCACCCAAUUUGUUAAAAGCUCCUUCAAACCAGUCGUUGAUUGCCUCCCUCUCUCUCUCUCCCUCCCUCCUUCCGCGCUCAAUACCAGUCGGCGUCGAAGCCUUCUUGAACUCCAAUUCCAAUUCCCAGCCUCAUACGAUUCCAAGUCAAGGACUUCAAUUCCAGUCUUCUUCACGACUCCAAACCAAGAAAAAUCUCUUUUCUCAACGCUUUUCUCAUUAUUCAAACUUCUCUCCUGCUUUCUGCCUCUGCCAUCUCAUACCUCUAUUCCAACUUCCAAGUCAACGAUUUGCCCGUCGCAUGCUGCCCUUGGGUUUGAAUUGUCAUCUGGUUGGGUUGUUCUAUAACAGAGGCUCUUUGUUUUUCGAGAUUUUUAUUUGUUUGUUGAAAUUCAGAGAGCAAUGACGAUCGAGCUGUGCUCUGAGAAUUCCAGUGUGACCAUGAGCCCUAGAAUCUCUUUUUCCUACGGUUUCUGCCAAUCAGAUAUCAUCCCUGUGGAGCCACACGAUCAUCGAUCGGAUUCAAAUGCGUCGGAAUUCGAAUCCUGCAUCGAUUUCGAUUUCUGCGUUCGCGAGAGCUUCGAUCAUGAUUCUUCCUCCGCGGAUGAGCUCUUCUCCGACGGAAAGAUUCUCCCGAUUCAAAUUAAGAAUACGGCAUGUCUGCCAGAGGAAAUGGAUCACAAAUUGAAAUCUCAACCACCUCUCCCUCCGCCACAACGGCGACGCCCUCUUCGCGAUCAUAUUGGAAGCAAAUGCGGAAUUUCGAAGAGCGAAAGCGCGAAGGAAUCGAAGAGUUUGAUUAACGAUACAGAAGAGAAGCAAAAUUCGAAGUCAUUUUGGAGUUUCAAGCGGAGCAGUAGUUUGAACUGCGUCGGCGGCGGGUACGGGAGGAGCCUAUGCCCACUGCCCCUGCUAUCGAGAAGCAAUUCUACUGGAUCGGAGGCAAGCACUAAGCGAUCGCAGUUGUCCAAGGACAAUCACAGCCAUAAGCAGCAGAAGCAUUCACAGAUUAAACCAUCGCAAUCUUCGUCUUCUUCGAUGAGUAACCACAAGCCUCCGUUCAAGAAGGUUUACGGAUCACAGAGCAACAGUAGCGUUCGAAUUAGCCCUGUUUUGAAUAUGGCACCGCCGAGCCUUUUCGGGCUGGGCUCGCUCUUCAACGGCAAGGACAAGGGGAAGAAGAAGUGAUCAAUCAACUGACUUUUCGGCUUAAUUGGGAUUACUUUUUAACCCUUUCUUCAAAUUGGUUCGUGGUUUAAUUUUUGAUUAGGUGAAAUUAGAUGCAAUUAAAGAGUGUUGCAGAGAAUGCAUUUGGGGGACAAGAAAGAUGGGAUGAUUGAAGCUAGCUGAAGCAUUCAUAUAUAAUUCAUGGCCACACCCACAUGGGUUUGGGGCGCAAAAGAAUAGGUGACCGUUGCUUUCACGGCUGUCCCAAUCUGUUUUUUGUUUCCUCUUUCUUUUGUGUCUGUGGGCCUUUGGUGUAUAUAGUUUGCUUGGGUUUUUGUUCCUUUUUUCUCUGGGGUGGAGCGGAGCAGAGAAAGCGGAGGGCUAGAAAUUGUAGUUGGGGGGGCUGUUUGGAUGUAAAGAAUGAUUUGAAAAUAUUCUGUGGAUCGGAUCAGAAAGCGUGCGAGUUGUUCUUCAGUUGGGUGUUCUUGUUUUGAUUUGGCAGAUUAAUCAUAUCAAAUAACAAAUAUUUCUGGCUAAUUUCUCACUUGCCAAACUA